AUGAUGAAGUUUUAUGUUUUGAAGAUGUGCGGGCUGAUUGAUCGGGGCUAUCGGAAAGAGCCACAACUCCUGGUUUGGCGAAUCCCUAUGGGAUGUGACGAUGGAAUCAUGGAUGGGGCAUCAGAUAUUGUAAGCCCUGGUUGA